AACGAAGUUAUCAAUUAUUGAAUUUAAAAUAAAAUAAUCAAUUCAAAUACAAAUUAAUCUCCCUCCAGUUUUCACAAGCUCUCGCUUGCUCCACCAAAAAUGACGACAGUUGUCCUACCGCCAAUUUUCCUCCCGCCGUCAAUGAUGUACCACUAUGCUUCCGGCAACAAGCAACGGCGGGAAAAAAGACGAGUGCGCCGAAUACAGAAGAAAGAUUUCUAUCAAAACACAAAUUCUUUUCCAGUUUCACCUCCAACUCCACUCCUAAUCAACCCCCAAACUUAUACUCAAACCAAACUCCAAGCCUUAGAUAACGUCGUUGAAGACCUCGAAGCCUCUGUCAAAAAAGGCAUAAAAAUUGACACCCAAAUCUUAUCUUCCCUAUUAGAAACAUGUUACCGUUUAAACUCUAUUGAUCACGGCGUCAGGGUUCACCGCCUAAUACCCGCUUAUCUUUUACGUAAAAACACGGGUAUAGCAUCCAAAUUGCUGAGGCUGUAUGCUUCGUUCGGGUUCAUGGAUGAAGCACAUCAGAUGUUCGAUGAAAUGCCUAACAGAGAUAAGCCGGCUUUUGCUUGGAAUUCGCUUAUUGCUGGGUAUGCUGAGAUUGGGUUGUAUGAGGAUGCCAUUGCGCUUUACUUUCAAAUGGAAGAGGAGCAGGUUGAGUCGGAUGAGUUUACGUUUCCUCGCGUUUUGAAAGCGUGUGGCGGAAUUGGUUUGAUUCGAGUUGGGGAGGCUGUUCAUCGGGAUUUAAUUCGUUUAGGGUUUGGGGAGGAUGGGUUUGUGCUGAAUGCGCUUGUUGAUAUGUAUGCUAAAUGUGGUGAUAUUCUUAAAGCUCGAAGAAUUUUCGAGAAAAUGGCUUGUAAGGAUUCUGUUUCGUGGAAUUCCAUGCUCACUGGUUAUGUUUCUCAUGGGCUUAUACCGGAGGCAUUAAAAACCAUUCGUAGAAUGCUUCAGGAUGGAUUUGAAUUGGAUUCCGUGGCAAUUUCGUCACUUCUUGGAAAUGUUUCAUCUUUGAAUGUUGGAGUCCAAAUUCAUGGAUGGAUUGUUAGAAGAGAAAUGAUGUGGGAUUUAUCAGUUGCGAAUUCUUUGAUUGCUAUGUACUCGAGUAAUGGGAAGUUGGAGCGGGCGCGUUGGAUUUUUGAUAAUAUGCAGGAAAGGGAUGUUGUAUCAUGGAAUUCUAUAAUUUCCGCUCAUUGUAAGAGCCCUGAAGUAUUAUCUUACUUCGAUAGGAUGGAGAAUUCUGGAGCUUUGCCAGACAAUAUCACAUUUGUGUCGGUACUAUCUGCUUGUGCUCAUUUGGGUUUAGUGAGAGAUGGGGAGAGGUUAUUUGCAUUAAUGAUAGAAAAAUAUGGAAUUCAACCUAUCAAGGAACAUUAUGCCUGUAUGGUGAAUCUUUAUGGGAGAUCCGGAUUGAUCAGUAAGGCACAUUCCUUAAUAGAUAACAUGGAAUUUGAUGCUGGUCCAACUGUGUGGGGAGCGUUGUUGUAUGGUUGUUAUCUCCAUGGGAAUGUCGAUAUUGGAGAAAUUGCUGCUCAAAGGCUUUUUGAGCUGGAGCCGGAUAAUGAGCACAAUUUCGAGCUUUUGAUGAAGAUUUAUGGCGAUGCCGGUAGAUUGAAGGAUGUAGAGAGAGUCAAAACAAUGAUGAUGGAUAGAGGAUUAUGAGUAAAUGUGCAUAGAAUUUACUGUAAACAUGCAAAGGAUGAAUAAUUGGUUCUAGUGUUAACCAAGCUGCUAUAUCGUGCUUUGUAUAGUUAGCUGUAUAGUCUUCAGGUAUCCUUGAAAAAUUGGCCAGUGAAGUUACUGAUGGUUUCAUUACGUCAUUUACUUUAGGACUUCACUGUUAGUUAUAGGAGAAUGUCAAUAGAAAUUUGGAGACUAUAUGAAGUUUUACUGUUGAAACAUUUCUUAUUUGGAGAAAUUUUGUGAACAUAUAUGCUGUAGAUAGUAAGAAUGAUCCUUGACAAUUCCGAAUCAGCUUUGUCCGCGAAUAAGGAAGUUGUAAGUAAUGCAACUAAGAAUCUCAUGGAGAGUCCGAUCUUGGCUCAGGAUGAAUGCUGGCAGCAUGACUAAUACAUGCAAGUCGGACAGGAAGUGGUGUUUCCGGCGGUGGCGGAUACUUAAAGAGAGGUUUUCUGUCAAUAAAUCAGUUUUUCAGGCAGUUUAAUUGGCGGUAAUAUAAGAUAAUGAUAGCCAACAGAAGCAAUGGAAUCAGUAUUACUGGAGCUCAGUAUGCAGUAGAAGUAGAAAGGUAUGCAGUGACAGGCGAGACAAUGAGACUUCUGUACGGAAGAGAGGCCUUCAAUUGUACAGUGACUUGGCCAAGGUACGAGCAACUGUCUAAUUAAAUAUAGCAAGAGUCAGCAGAUAACAUAUUAAAGUCAGUGGACGCUGUGCCAGUUUUUCUCCUUUACAGAAAAAAAAGUGGCCAUUUCACAUUACCCAUUUCAAGUUCACAUUGCUGAUUGUAUACUUUUUAUAUGCUCAAGCUCCUUUCUGUUUAGCAUCCACUUUUGUUUCCAAACUGGACUUUUUCUUU